GUAGACCAGGUUGGCCUCAAACUCAGAGAUCCGCCUGCCUCUGCCUCCCGAGUGCUGGGAUUAAAGGUGUGCACAAGCAUAUCUAUAAUGGUAAGAGCACAAUGUAAUGGAGUCAGUUCUCAUUUUUUACCUUGUCGGUCCCUGGGAUCAAACUCAGAUCAUCAGGCUUGGUGUCAAGUACAUUUACUUACUGAGCCAUCUUGCUGGCCCUAAGACACUCUGAAAGGAAGGGGCUUGUUGAGCUAAGAAAUUCCCUUUCCCAAAAAACAAAGAUGGAGUCUGGAGAGAUGGCUCAGUGGAUAAGAGCACUCUUCAGAAGACCCGAAACGAAUUCCCAGCACCCAAGGUGGGUGGCUCACAACUAUUUGUAACUCCAGUUCCAGGAGACCUGUGUCCUCUCCUGGAUUCUGGGCAGCUGCACUCUUGUGCACACAUGCACUCGCACAAACACACCAACGUGCAUGUGCAUGGUUUAAAAAUCUUUAAAAAAAGGCAGGGGUGGGGAUUGGAGCUAUGACUCAAUGGUUAAGAGCACUUGUUGCUCUUGUAGAGAACCUGGGCUCAGUUCCCAGCACUCACCAGUUGGCUCACAACCAUCCAUAAUUCCAGUUCCAGGGGAUCCAACUCCCUCCUCUAACUUCCGCUGACCCCAGAAAGAUGCUACACAAGCAUACGGGCAAAUCAUGUACGUAAAAAAACAUAUAAAAUACAAAAAAAAAAAAUGAUGAAGGUAGCUGGUACUGUUUUAACCCGUUCACCCACGUGUGGUCUUGCCUCUGCAUGUUAGGCAAAGGAGGAGAGUUGUGUCCAGUGCUGGUAAUCCCCACAACAGAGAAGGGGCAAGCCAAGGAGCCAAGAGUAUGGGGACAGCUGAAACUACCUUCUACCUAGUUUCCAUUCAGGGUAUGAUAGAGAAUGGAGGACUGGACCUGAGGAGACUUAGCUCCCCAGAGAAGUGAUGAGGAUAUGAGGUACUGCCUUCUGAAAUCCAUCCUAAGUAGCCUUUCCCAGAAGAGAACUUUAGGCUGCUGCCUCUGGACCAGACAAAGGAGCUCUGAUAGGAAUCAUUACCACAGGAGACCCAAAAGCCAGGGAGUCAGCCCUAGCCCCGCCCACUGUUCGUGGGUGCCAUACCCCAUCCAGCACAGACCACCCGGCAAAAGGGAUUGGCUGAAGAGCUGAAGAGAGGCAGGCGUCUUCACUUCCAGGGCCAAGGGUUAUAAAGGGGUUCAGGCAAGUGCGAAAGAUGCUCUGGAGAAGUGCCGCUGACUCCCCGAACAUAAGACAUGACCCAGGCAGUUAAGCUCGCCUCCAGGGUGCUCCAUGGAGUCCACCGGCCUCCACAGCUGGAUGCCGCCUCCUCCUCGCUGACCUCCAGAGGCUCUGACUCAGUUCUCCGGAGUUUGUCUGACAUCCCUGGGCCCUCUAUGCCUAGCUUCCUGGCAGAACUUUUCUGCAAAAGUGGGCUGUCCAGGCUACAUGAACUGCAGGUGCAGGGAGCUGCGCGCUACGGGCCAAUAUGGUCAGGCAGCUUCGGCGCACUUCGCACAGUGUAUGUGGCCUCCCCUGCGCUCGUGGAGCAGCUGCUGCGGCAAGAGAGUCCCUGUCCAGAGCGCUGCAGCUUCUCAUCUUGGGCAGAGCACCGCCGCCGCUACCAGCGGGCUCCAGGAUUGCUAACAGCGGAUGGGGAAGAGUGGCAGAGACUCCGAAGCCUUCUGGCCCCGCUACUCCUCCGGCCUCAAGCAGCCGCUGGCUACGCUGCAACUCUGGACAACGUGGUCCGUGACCUUGUGCGACGACUCAGGCGCCAGCGGGGACGUGGCUCUGGGCUGCCCACCCUCGUUCAGGACGUGGCGGGAGAGUUUUACAAAUUUGGCUUAGAAGGCAUAGGCGCGGUGCUGCUGGGUUCGCGUCUCGGCUGCUUGGAGGCCGAAGUACCUGCGGACACCGAGACCUUCAUCCACGCGGUGGGCUCGGUGUUUGUGUCCACACUCUUGACCAUGGCAAUGCCCAACUGGAUGCACCGCCUUGUACCCGGACCCUGGGCCCGCCUCUGCCGAGACUGGAACCAGAUGUUUGCCUUUGCCCAGAAGCACGUGGAGCAGCGAGAAAGCGAAGCAGACGUGAGGAAACAGGGGAAGACUGAGGAGGACGUGCCGUCUGGGCAUCACUUAACCCACUUCCUGUUUCGGGAGAAGUUGUCUGUCCAGUCCAUUGUGGGGAACGUGACAGAGCUACUGCUGGCCGGAGUGGACACGGUAUCCAAUACGCUCUCCUGGGCGCUCUAUGAGCUCUCCCGGCACCCCGAUGUCCAGUCUGCGCUUCACUCUGAGAUCACAGCUGCUGUGGACCCUGGCUCCCCUGCCCACCCCCAAGCCGCUGUUUUGUCCCAGCUUCGCCUGUUGAAGGCUGUGAUCAAGGAGGUGUUAAGAUUGUACCCUGUGGUGCCUGGGAAUUCCCGUGUACCAGACAGAGACAUCCGAGUAGGUGACUAUAUUAUCCCCCAAAAUACGCUGGUCUCACUCUGUCACUACGCCACUUCAAGGGACCCUGCGCAGUUCCCAGAGCCGAAUUCUUUCAAUCCAGCUCGCUGGCUAGGGAGAGGCCCAGCCCCCCACCCCUUUGCAUCCCUUCCUUUUGGCUUUGGCAAACGCAGCUGCAUCGGGCGCCGCCUGGCUGAGCUGGAGCUACAAAUGGCCUUGGCCCAGAUCUUGAUACAUUUUGAGGUGCUGCCUGAGCCAGGUGCUCUCCCAAUCAGACCCAUGACCCGAACUGUCCUGGUACCCGAGAACAUCAACCUACAGUUCGUAGACAGAUAGUCCUACAGAAGGAAGCUGCUGUCAUCCGCCCUCUCCUAUGGGGACAUUAUUAGGCACAAGGGGCACACUUCCCCUUGAGGUCUGUCUGUCUGAACAAACUUCAGGAAGUAGGACCUGACCUAUGUGUGAAGCAUGUACUUGGCUUGACUCAGCGGGUCCUCACAGCACCGUGAUCCUUUCUCCCGCUCAGUACUUCUCCUGGUCAUUCCUCAAGGCCCAAAGCCAUCAGAUCUUAACACAUCCUUAAAGGGCCUAAUCAGAUGUUAACUAAUAACCCUGGGGGCCUCGGGAGGGAUUCAGCCACCGGUCCUCCUGUGCUUACAGUGUUCACAGAUGCCCUGUCUAAGCAUUAACCUUAGCAUGAGUUCUGUGAUCGUGCAUCUGGUGUGCGCCUGGUCGGGUCUCUUUCUAAGCGUGUGAGCUCUAUGAGAAGAGUGGUGAAGCCUUCUCCGUCUGUUGGGAUUUUCUCUUUCCUUUCCUUUUUUUU